AUGAGUGAAGGAAUUUCUCUUGAUGUGUUUAUACUUUUGAUUAUUGUAGUAAUAGCAAUUUUUAUAUUACUAGUAAUCACGUCUUUUCAAGUGUAUUUUAGUGAUACAACACCAGCAGAAUUACAGAUUUACAGUGUGAUUCGAAAUAAAGAUACACCACAAUAUAUAGAAAAUCCAGAAAUAAAUGUCGAACCAUCCAAAAAAAUAAAUUUAACCAUAACUGUACAAGUAAAUGCCCACAAAAUUCAAGAAGCUAAAGUAGAAAUUGAACAAUAUAUCGAAAAACUCAAUAAUUCACCAAUCCAAAAUAAAUCAUUCGAAAUACUUUGUAUUUUCCCAGCAGAUUCUCCAUUGAUUAAGCGUUUUGAUGAAUUAAAAGUUUCUAUACCAAAUUGCAGGUAUUUUAUCAGUCAGAAUGACGUUAUCGAGAACUUUAAACUCAGUGUGCUCUAUGCUAAAGGAAAUUAUGUUAUUAAUUCCAAAUUUAUGGAUCAAGAAUUGUUCGACUUCCAAAAUUACGAAAAACAGUUCAUUAUUCUUGCUACACCUAUGAAUUCAGUUAGUUUACCAUUUUACAACAAAAUUUGCUAUAGUAUUCCGAUUUUUAUUUAUAAACCAGCUGGAAUGAUUAUAUUUUCAAGAUUACACUCAACUGGCCAAAAAGCAGCACCAGAAAUAGACCUACUUUCCCGCAAAUGCUCAUUAACAAUCUAUAACAAAGUUUAUAUAUUUUCUGAUUUCAAUCCAUCAUUAUUCUAUUCAAUUUAUUCAAGCAUUUGGCUGAAGGUGAUUAAUAUUUUGUAUAAAUUACAAGUAUGGACUGUUGGAAAGAAAAAGAGAAAAUAUAAUUAA